UGAGGACCAAGGGCAGGCAGGAGAGGUACCUGGUCACCCACAAUUUUACAUGGAUCAUCUCCACCCUCCCUUUGAUGGCUGUUCCGCAUUGGACGUCUGCAGUCAUGUGGUCUAUGUUUAGUCAUCUUUAGAAUUGGCCUGUAGGUGCUGGAGCAUAAGGCGGAGUCUAGUGCCAAGGGGCUCAUUUACCACUGCAGCCGCCAUCUGCCCCCGCCCAUUCACCAUGGUGCCCUGAUCAUAAUAAGCCCCAUGUGGAAGUGCAGGGGCAGAUUUGCACAUAAACCCUUAUAAAUUGCAUCUAUAGGGCUCUCUAUUGCAGCCAUUUUGGGGCCCCCACACUUCCUUGAGCUCGGGCAGAAUCUAUAGAUACACUGCGCGCUUACACCCCAACUCAUUGCAUUAAACCUACCAGCCCCCCCGGUGCCAAGCAGGGGCCACAGCCGCACAAUAAUAACAAUUAGGGAGGAGUUUAGACUCCUAAUAUUUAUAUAUAACUGAGUUCUCCAAUGGAAAAGCCUUCUGUUGGUAAAGUCCCCCCCAAAUAGUCUCCCUUCUUCCAUGGAAGGGCCCUUUAUAGACACAGAGUGCUUGUAAGAGCCCCCCCUGCAAUGUUAGGGUGAUGUUGUUGUUCCGCAGAGAGAGGAGUCAGCUCUGUGUAUUAAUAUACAUAGGAAGGAAUGUGUAAUGGGAACCAUCUGGGCCCGGGACACUUUCCCUUUCUGUGCUAUAACCCCCAGCGCCGGUACCAGCAGAAGCACAGACAGCGGGAGAGACGCCGGACAGACUGAGAGCCCAGAGAUAACAGGAUGAGUAGAACCUGGUGCCUGCUGGGAGCCAUGGGCUUUAUUCUGGCUGUAACGGGCCGGGUCCCCAUGUCAGAACUCUCUGGCCCACAGAACAAGGCAAUGAGCCUCACUACAGAGAAUUUCUAUGAGACCUACAGACCCAGGAACCUCUUUAUAGUCACCUCUGUACUGGGAGCCACACAGGAGGACACACCUGGAAGUGUUUAUGUACAGCUGCACUUCAAGCAAAAGCAAAGCAACUGCAGAAGGAGCAAUUCAUUACGAAAGGAAUGCAAACCCCUCAGAAAUGGGGCCGAGUUCAGCUGCUUUUCCUGCUUUUGGUUCAAAAAUAACAGCGACAAAGCUUCAUCCAAGUUCAUUCGCUGCGCCCAGAAUUCGGAGCAGAUUGGGCAGUGGGAGGAGGAAUGCAAUGAUCUGAGGAAUAAAGGAAUCCAGUUGCCCGAUAUGUACAGACUCAAUGCAAGGUCAAGGCGGCCUGUAACAGAGGAAGAGAUGGAGCUGAAAGCCCAAUGAUUGGUGGAUAUCCAUAAGAACAACCCCCUGAAGAUCCUCUCAAAUUUAUCUCAGGAACCUCCCUCCGGCCGUAUCUACUGUUAUAUAUUAUAUUAUAUAUUCUCACCAGUAUUUCUGUUAUUGGGAUAUAUAGAGACCAACCAGGCACAGGCCUGAAGAAACAUUAUUAAAUAUCAUUGCAUUCCAAC